CGGCCGCUGGCGCGCGGGCGAGCUGAUCGGGUCUUGAGAGCGCGGGAGCAGGGCGCGCUGGCUAUGGCUCCCUGGACUGAGCUCGAGCUGUCGGCGCUGAACCCGCUGCGCGCUCUGUGGCUGACGCUGACCGCCGCCUUCUUGCUGACCCUGUUGCUACAGCUCAUGCCGGCCGGCCUCCUCCCCGGCUGCGCGCUUUUCCAGGACCUGAUCCGCUAUGGGAAAACCAAGUGUGAGGGGCCGUCGCGCCCGGCCGUCUGCCGGGUCUUUGAUGUCCCCAAGAGGUAUUUUUCUCACUUCUAUAUCGUGUCAGUGCUGUGGAAUGGCUUCCUGCUUUGGCACCUUACUCAGUCUCUGUUCCUGGGAGUGCCUUUUCCAUACUGGCUGCAUGGUCUGCUCAGAAUUCUUGGAGCUGCCCAGUUCCAAGGUGGAGAGCUGGCACUGUCUGCGUUCCUUGUGUUAGUAUUUACGUGGCUACACAGUCUGCGGAGGCUCUUCGAGUGCUUCUAUGUCAGUGUCUUCUCCAAUGCUAUGAUCCACGUCAUGCAGUACUGUUUUGGACUCGUCUACUAUGUCCUCAUUGGCCUAACCGUGCUGAGCCAAGUGCCAAUGGACGGCAGGAAUGUCUAUGUGACAGGGAAAAAUCUCUUGAUGCAAGCCCGGUGGUUCCAUAUCCUCGGAAUGAUGAUGUUUAUCUGGUCAUCUGUCCAUCAGUACAAGUGCCAUGUCAUCCUCGGCAAUCUCAGGAAAAAUAAAGCAGGAGUGGUCAUUCACUGUAACCACCGAAUCCCUUUCGGAGACUGGUUUGAAUACAUUUCUUCCCCUAACUACUUAGCAGAGCUGAUGAUCUACAUUUCCAUGGCUGUCACCUUUGGAUUCCACAACUUGACUUGGUGGCUAGUCGUGACAUAUGUUUUCUUCAGCCAGGCCCUGUUUGCUUUGCUCAAUCACAGAGUCUACAAAAGCAAAUUUGUCUCCUAUCCAAAGCAGAGGAAAGCUUUCUUACCAUUUCUGUUUUAAGCUCAGUCAUGAAGAACACAAACCAGAUGACAGGUUUGAUGUCACAAAGUCUAGGGACUAAAGUACAAUUUUUGCAGAACUGUUUGAAACUCUCUCUUCCGUUUAUACGCCCGCAAGUCUUCACUGAAUGAGCAAAGCAAGACCCCUCAAGAAGAUGGACCUUCAAAGGAGAAAUACUCCUGGCAGACCAGGGAGUGCCGGGUCUGCCUUCGGAGAUGCUUUGUCAAACCAACCAUCUGCUAAGACGGAGAUGAGACUUCUCCAAGCUGCUUCAAAGGCAAACUAACCAAGAAUAUACACACAGCUUAACACAUGCACACAUCCACAAAGGAAGAGAUAAGACCCUCUGUGGCUUUGGCUUUGUUAGGGACAAACCAGCUGGACUACAUAACAAGCAAUUUAGUAAGUGCUCAGGAACUGUUACAUCUCAAUAAAAGCAGAAACGCUUUUGAAAAUUACAGUAUAUCAUUUCACACCAACCGAUUCAGGGAAAAAUGACUGUUGGAAAUAGUCAAUACUUUCACACACGGCCACAAAGCUUACCUGUUAUGUAACCAGCAAUAGUGGUCCACUCGUCUCCCCCUCAAAUCAUAGCCUCGCAGAAAAUGUGAAACUUCUUUUAUUUAAUGCUUUUUUGACAUCCCUUUCAAGGAAGUACCUUAAAAGUGAAAGCAUCUGAAAAUAAAAUAUUUUUGUAUUUAUGUGUAAAGAGCCUCCAUUAAUAGGCUGACCUUCGCUGCAGAUUGGAUAGUGCUACAGCCUGGUUCAUAUGUAGGUAUCCAGACUGGAGUAUUUGCCGAAUAACUACUUAAUUAUUUUAAUGAAAUGAAUCUGAAGUUUUUAAGAAUAAAGUUUACAUGAGUUUAUGUUAAAAAAAUAUAUACUCGUUAUUAAACCAAAGGGAAAUAAACGCAUGGCUUAAAAGAAAAACAAGAACUUGAAAAAUAAUACUAAUACUACCUCCUGAGCAACACAGUAAAAACUGCACAUUUGUGCAACAUAAGAUUUCCUGGCUUUGUGACCAAAGUAUUGACUUGAUUGUUUUACACAGGUAACUGCGUCUACUAGCUACUAACGUUUUGCACUAACGUGUACCUUGCUGUGGGAGAAAGAACCUCGUUAUUAACCAGACGUAAUCAAAUGCACAGUCUAAGAAUGUCCUCCCCACCCCCAUCCCUGGACUAGUAAACCAAAGCCAUUAAACCGAGAUCUUUCUGAUCUGAACUUUCAAUAUAUGCAUAAUGAAAGCACAUCCUAAAGCUUUUAAAACAAUUUCUGUUGUGGCACUUUCUCUCCCAUCCAUCAAACGCCACUUCAAUCGGCUGCUCAGUCUGUUCAAAUAAAUGACAUAUUUAUUUCA